AUGACGGAUUACUAUCAGAGUCUUGAACUCCCACGCGAUGCGACGCAGGAGCAAAUCCGAAGGAACUACCGCCAGCUGGCGUUAAGGUUUCACCCUGAUAGGGCGGGACCGGAGGGGGCGGAGAGGUUCAAGGAGGUACAGUCGGCGUACGAGGUGCUCUUGAAUCCCCAAAAGAGGAAAAUAUACGACAGGUUUGGAGCCAGCUUUGUGGAUAAUCCGGUCUCGGAAGUGCUGAUUCUCCAGCUUGGGGGACGUUCGAUUUUGUGCAUUAUGGCAUGCAUACCUUUCGUAGCAGCAUCGUUGGUUGUCAUUUUUACUGCUUUUCUUGUUGCAUAUGUUGCGGGUCGUCUUGUGGCGCGGGACGCUCAUUCUGUGAACGACCACAGUCGAGCCUAUUGGAACUACGUCAAGGUCUUUUCACCGCUGUUCAUUGUUGACAUCAUUAUCGGUAUUCCAACGCUGGUUGUUUUUUUGUGUCGAUGUGCACGUUACGUGUAG